GCCCAGUGGAGGAGCGCUCGGCUGGCGUUCGUUGGAGAGUUAGGUUCAGUUUGGCACGAGUUGCCGUGGUACUCGGUCGUUUGUAUUACGUUAGCUUCUCUGCUGCCGCUGCGUGAGUUCUCACCACUGUACUCUCCUCUCUUUCUCUCUCUUUCUUUCUUUCUUUCCCUACCAUAUCUAUCCUACCCCAACCCCCCUCGCAACAACCCAUCCCCUACCACUAUAACAUUACCACCACCACCAUCACCACCAUCAUAACCACCCCACCACCACUACCACCACCAUCUCCACCACUACCCCACAAUUCUCUGGCACCCGCCGAGCAAGUCUCGAUGCCUUCCUCGUCGUCGUCGUCGUCGUCACCGUCGUCACCGUCGUCACCGUCCUCGUCGUCAUCGUCGUUGUCAUCGUCGUCCUCGUCAUUAUUUCUAUCCCUGUCGUCCAUAACAGUAGUAAUAGUAGUAGUUGUUGUUGGAAUAGUAUUAGUGGACCGCCGUUGGCCAUUAGUUGUGAAAACUGCCGCGCGGUAGUACUUGGCGCUGUUGUACGGCUCUACUUUUCGUCACCGUCUCUCCGCGCUCGUCGUAACCGAGAAUAUUCGAGUCUCGUUUCUCGUAUCUCAAAUGGACGAGUAGUAGACUGGAUUAUUAUUGGAACAGUGCAUAAACCAAUGGAAUAAUUAUGAAUCUUCUGUACGUCUAAAAGUUUUCUCCUAACGAACGGUCAACAAAAGGCCUCAGGAAGAAAAAGAAAAAAAAAAAAAGAGAGAACAUGGCAGGGGUCGGAAAGAGAGCUCUUUUACGGGACGUGAAUCCCUAUCUCAUCUGUCCUCUAUGCAGAGGAUAUUUGAUAGAUGCGACAACGGUCGUAGAGUGUUUGCAUUCUUUUUGCAGAAGCUGUAUUCUAAAACACUUGAACAAAGAGGCACGGUGUCCUACUUGCAAUCAUGCGUUGAACAAGGCUAAGCCAAACAUCAAAGCUGAUAAAACAUUGCAAGACAUCGUGUACAAAAUAGUUCCUGGAAUUUAUCACAAAGAGAUGAGAAAAAGAAGAGAAUUUUAUCGAGGACAUCCCCAAUAUGCAGAUGCCGCGACUCCGGAGCAACGAGGGGAAGAUGUUAGCGGUCGAUUAAUCUUUGCGCCUGAAGACGCAAUCAGCUGUAGUCUCGAGUACCUUCCACCUGGUGCCGAUCCCUUGACGAUUUUGUCGAGUACAAACGAACCGGAUCAUUCGUCUAACAAUAAUGUUAAUAAUAAUAAUAACAACAAUAACACUAUUAACAACAUAACCAACAACAACAACAGUACCGUUAAUACCAACACCAACAACAACAAUAAUAAUAACCCUAGUAAAAACAAUAGUAAUAAUAACAAUACCACGAAAUACAGAAGGUAUCUUCAAUGUCCUGCUAUGGUUACCAUGGGACAUCUUAAAAAAUUCUUAGCCAUGAAAUAUCUGAUCGAUAUGACCAGACACACUAUCGAAAUAUGUCAUCGAAGGGCACCCUUACCGGAACAUUGGACACUCAUGGACAUCGCUUAUAUCUACGCGUGGAAAAGGAACGCACCAAUGAGAUUUUUUUAUCGAGUCGCACAAGAGGAACAAGCUUUGGAAGCACCCCAACACGAGAGGCCGUCGACCCCUGGAUUGGGUGCCAGUUUACCACCGAUUGAUAAUUUGGUCAACGCGAAGGACGAGAACGAGGAGAAACAGAAGAAUACGAAGAUCGAAAAUAAAGUCGAGACCGAAGAGAAGAACCAAGAUUCGAAGAAGGAUGACGAUGUAACCAAGGAGAAAAAUGAAAAUGAAUUGCCGAAGAAUAAAUCACCAAUGGCAACAACAACAACAACAACAACAACAACAACAGCAGUAGAGACUACUUUCGAUAGCUCGAAAAAACCUAAAAUUAUCAAAGAAGAACAGAAGGUAAUGGAUAUAUCAUCUUCGGUUGUUGAUAGAAACCUAUCGACAACCUCGACGUCUACCGUGAUAACAGUGACGUCAACGAUCGGUACUGUUGUAUCGUCAUCGAAAACCAGCAGCACAGUUGCGAAAACAACUACGUCCUCUUCAACUACGAAACCUCUAACAAUUGCUACUGAUACAGCAGUUGUUAAUUCGGUUGCAUCUAAAACUGUGGUCCCGCUUACGUCUACAACGACUACGGCUACGGCUACGACUACGGCUACGGCUACGGUUACGACAACAGCUUUAACUGUGGUUCCAACUAUAUCUACAACUGCAUCUACAGGUACAAGUACGAGUACGACUACGGCUACAACGAUUCUGACAUCGCCAACAGUGAAUACAGUGUCCACGACGACGACGACGACGAGUACGACAACAGCUUCAACUAAUACGACGAUAACAUCUACGGUUAACGAAGACGGGAAUAAACUGAUCAAAACGCCAAUUAAAAUAUUGAAAAAUUCCGAUGGAAAUUACGAGGUGUUGAGGGGUUCACCCACUCAUUAUCAUUCCAGAGAACAGAAUUCUAAUUCUUGCGACGUCAAAGGCACGAGCCCUGAAUUUAGUGUUGUAAGUAUAGGGGAUGGACAAAAUUCCAACGGAGUGAAAAUAACUCUUAAACAAUGCUCAGUUGCUAAUAAUAAUUCGAAAAAACCAAAAGUAAUAAGUAAUGUUUUGUUACACUGUGGACAGGUUGACAGGGAACCAUCUGGUGGAUUGCUAUUCCAACAUCUUCAGAAAGAUAAGGAGAAACUACAAACUAUGGAGAAACAAGAAAAGCACAAACGUAAAGUUACUUUCGUGGACAAACCAACUACGGUAAAGAGCAUGCUUAAUAUGUCGAAAACUAUUAUUAAAAAGGCCGCCGAACAAAACGACAGGAAAAAACAAUUCCUUCAAGGAUUUCAAUUGGCGGCUAAGGAACCGCCGCCGUCUAUCGAUAAUUUACUUCUAGAUAAAACAUCGAAAAUGAUCAAUGCGAACAAUGCAAGUGUAGUUAGUGAAAAUAUUGCGCAAAUUAAUUCGAUCGUUUGUAAGAAAGAACAUAAUAACGUUAAAAAUAACGGUUUAGAUAAAAUCGAUGGAAUUAUUGAGAAAACCAAUAAUAUCGAGAAUGGUAACGUCGGAUUCGGAAAUUCAAUGAACGAUAAAAAAUGCAUUAAUAAUACGAUAAUGAGUGUCUUUCCUAAUAUGAAAUCUAAUAAUGUUAAUAACAAAUCGUUUAUCGAUACCGAGACUCGCGUAAUAGGUAUGAAUGCUAAUAGAAAUAUAAAUGUAAAUGCCAACGUUAAUAAUAUCAAUAAUUCCGCAAAAAUGGACGUUUAUACAUUCCCAAACGAUCCACCCGUAGUCCCGGUAGGAGCCGUUAAAAGAAAAUGUCCACCCGGUUUACCUAUAUCCGAAGUUAAACGUAAACGACAGCAAACGAGUCAAACGCAAUCCGCGAAAAAAUUGGCAAAUAUGCCAACGCCGCAAAAUCUUCCGAAAACACCUAGAAAGUGUGCAACCGAUCAACAACAACAACAACAACAACAAAUGAUAUCACCAAAGAAACCUAUGAACGUUGUUAAUGAUUCCGGUCCUAGUCGUGCAAUUAAUGUUACAUCACCUAAAACCUCACCUCAAUCUAAUCAAUUAUUUUCUAACGACACGAGAAAUUUAUUGGACGGUUGUGGUUUAAAUAUUCCUGCGAGUUUAAGUAUAACGUUAACUGCACCUAAAUCUCCCGGUAAUAGCGGUAGCAUGAACGACAUAAGUGAUACUAAAGACAAUCGAAAGAACGUUUUAGGAAAGGUCAAUCCAAGUAUUACACUUAACGAUAGAUGCGUCAAUCCUUGUGAAUUGAAAGCAUUAAAGACUGGACAAAUGAGGAUGCCUGUUGCUCCCCCGCCAAAGCCAAGACAAACGAAACAACAAGUAGAUCGCGAUAAUAAUCAUCCACGUCAAACUAAUGCUUCCGGUAAUAAAAGGAAACGAGGAGAAGAACCAAGAGAUAUAUUGGAUCUAAGCGGUGGUAAAAAGAUGGAUAUACAUCCUUUAAGAAUACCACAACCGGUAAAAAAACUCAAAGCUAAAUCGCCGAUAAGAGAAAAUAUACCUGGGAUGAUCGAUCAAGGACAAGUGGUUACAUUGAUGAGCGGGCAUAGAUACUACAGAGCACCACCUGGUUCUUUAACACCUGCAGCUCAUCGUGUCAGUGAUUGUCCACUUCCUACACCUGGACGUACUCCAGUUUACGCUUCAACCGGAUUAUCCAGCUCGAUUAAUGGGAAUCGUACAAAUUCAAAUCUGACCACCGCUUUUCCAACCUUGAAAAGUCUUUUUGCUCUCAACCAAGCACCGAAUCUUCAACAGUUUCAAAUAGACACGAUGUUGAGAUUACCGCGGGCAGGAGUAGGAGGAGGGGGAGGAGGAAAUAGUGGUGUUAGUGUUGUAGGUGGAGUAAGAGAUAAUACAAUUCCAAAUAACUAUCUAACUAAUAAUAUAGCAAAUUCCGAAAGUGCUAGUGUUGGUGGUAAUGUACCUGGUAAGAGUCAUUUAGCUGCACAGUGUGCUCCAGUGAAACCCGCUAGAUCCUCAGUUGCACCUUUAGCAGUUCCUAUAUCGAAACAUCAAUCCAACGAACGGACUGUGUCUAAUUGCUUAAACAGAAAUGAUACCAAUAAAAAUGUGACACUUCGAAAUAACGAUACUUCAUCUAUAAAUUCCGGAGAUCUUGCUGAGAGACUUUCCGUUCAGCUAAGAUACUCGCCAGCUCCUGAAAAUAACGACAAAUUCUCAGGUAGAAAAGAUAACGGGAAAUCUAGCAACAACGAUGUCAAAAACGCGACGUCUCCUACAACCGCGACUGAUCUUAACUUAGAAUCGAUUCCAGAUAAUUCAAACGAACGUAACAAUUCUCCGAGUCAACAACAACAGCAACAACAGCCACAACAACAACAGCAACAGCAACAACAGCAGCAGCAGCAACAACAACAACAACAGCAACAGCAACAAUACAAUCGCGAAGCUGCCAGUCCAAGAGUAUCAUCAACAGCUUCACCAUCUCCACCACCUAGUGAAAGUAACAGCAACGUUUGUAGCGAUGAAAAUAGAAAUAGACAACACGAGGAGGACGGUACUGUUAAUCGUUCGGAUGAUAACAACCGAAAUGCCGAUUUAUCAGCAGCACCAUUGAACGUUUUAAAAAAUAUUUCGAACACCGAGACCUGGAAUUCAAAGUCUCCCGCAAGUCCAGAUUCUAGUUCCGUCGCUCCUGAAAAUAAUCAUCUUCCUAAGAAUAAUCCCAAUAACGUUGAUCAACUUCAAACUUCAUCGUCUACACAAGAAACUGAACGUACUGUUAAAGUUAACGAUUCGCCAACUAACAAAUUGGAAUCUAGCAUAAACGAAAAAUCAUCCUUAGACUCGGAUAAAGGUAAAAUAAACUGUGGCAAAUUAUUGGACAACAAACAAAUGAGCUCGGAAAUGUUGCAGAAAAGAUUUUUGGCGGUUUUCCCAUCUAACGAAUGGGCCAACAAUCCGAUUGCUGCCGAACAUUUGGGUAAUUUCUUAAAAAGUUUGAACGAAUCUAUUAAAACCGAAAACAAUACGACGGACCAAACUAACGAUAAGAAGACAAACGAGAGUGAUAAUAAGGAUUGUGCUAAAGUUACGUUUGCAACGAACAAUGAAGUGUCCUCGAAUCAACAAAAGGAAAUAUUACAAUCCGAACGAUCAUCAUCGUAAUCGUCGAUUUGUUGGAACUAUUUUCUUUUAAUGAUUUAACGAUAACGAAGUUAUCAUAUGAGGGGUCCAUCUCUCUCAGUUUAUGAUUCUCAAGAACUCUUUACGAGUCAGACACUGCCAUUUAUUAACUUAUCGUAUGUAUCUAAAAACGUAUAUUAAUAUACAUAAUAACUUUAUUACCUGCUUUCAUUGCCCAAAUGCAAUGUGCAUUAGGUAUAUAAAUAUAUUAUAUUAAACAAAAAAAGAGAAAAGGAAAAACAAAAAAAUGAAAAAGAAGAAGAAGAAGAAUAUUUUGAAAAAGUGCGUAAAAACAAAGGUCGUGUCGAGAAUAAUGAACUAGGAGAAACUUUAUUUUUUUAUAUGUGAAAACGUCUCUCACCGUUGCUAUUACACAUGUGGUAUUGUAUAUGUAACUACUACACGUAUACUUUAGCAAUUUACACCUUUAAACUAAACUUUUUUUUUCUCUGUCACCUUCUACAAAAUAUUGAUGAUUUACGAAUUGUAUGAUAACGUUUACUCUUUCUAAAUUUAUUAUUAUUAUUAUUAUUAUUAGUAUUAUUUUAUUUUUUAUUUUUAUUUCUUUUUUUUAAAUUAUUAACUUACAAAUUAAUAUAUGUAUAUAUAUGUAUAUUCGAUUAACUUGCAUAUAGUAAGAAAGUAUCUCUUAUCAAAUAGUAUAAUUAUUAAUUUAAGUAAUUAAGUAUUAUAUAAUUAAGUUGUUAUACAGGGGGGAGGGGGAAGAAAAAAAAAGGAAAGAAGAUACCUACUACUACGUUUAUAUGUAAGAUAUUCUCGCGUGUGUGUAUGUAUCGUUCGUCUAGCUUCAAAGAAUUAUACUUUAUAAGUUAAUUGCUCGAUAUUUACGUAUUUUAUUAUAUUGUAAAAUGAAUUGAAAAAAAAAAAAAAAA